AUGCAGGAGCUGAAGGCUUCUCUAAUCAAGGACAGCGCAAACUUCACCAGCUCCCUUACCAUCAACGGGGUUGUACAUGAAGUUCCUCUCUCCUUGCAAGAUCAUCUGCAGCGGGUGAACGCGGAGUCCCCGCUCGAGCUGCCGAAGGACGAGCUGUCGAUGCUGGAGAAGAAGGAGAUUAGCACGACCAAGGUCCAGUGGAAGUACAAGAAGGAGACGUACUGGAGCAGGGGAUACGUUGCAAGCAGGAUGCCAGGCUUCAACGAGAAAGAUUUUGCAAUCCCAAACAAGGACAGCAAGCCUGCCGAGGGCUCGCAGCAACCCAAGAGGGACAGCAUCUGGGACAACCUCUCUAACUGGACCAAGACCUUUCAGGCAGAAGAGGAGCAAGUUGAACUAGUGGCUCCUCCCCCCAAGGUCGAUCAGUCCAAGAAGAGCCAAACUGCCGAAGCUUCCUCCAUCCCCACUCCCAUCCCGGUACCCAGGCAGGCCGCAGCCCGUGGAAGUUUUUCUUCUGUACCGCUACCUCCACCUGCUCCUGUUGCUGCUGCUGCUGCUGCUGCCCCUCCCCCUCCUCCUCCUCCUCCUUUCCUUCCUGUCCUCCCCGGUGCUCCUGCUCUCCCUAUUCUCCCUCAGGCACACAGCAACGGGAUGGUGCCUCGGCAGCCGUUCAUGAUGGUUACCUCCGAACCUCCUCGUGUGAGCCCUCCGCUGACGCCCAAACGAGAAACUCGAGCAGCAGGGGGAUCGCCGCCGCUGCAGUAUCCUGACUCUCCUCCUCCUCCCCUCCUCCUGCAUCCUGUCGGUUCGCAUCCGAUACCGAUGGCCUAG